CAAUCUUGCCCCAAAAAAUGAUGAUGAUCGGAGAGAGAAAUCUCCUUAAUCCAACGGUCCUUGUUCCACCAUGGCUCUCAGAUGAUCAGACGGCUAAUAUUCACUUUGUUUCCAGCCCCAGCGGGAAUGCCAAUUUUAACGACGAUGCGUCGCAGUUCCUCCAAUACGAUGCCGUUUUACAGGCGCUUCAGCGUUAUCUGCCGUCGAACGCGAACUCGAACGACGCGGCGGUGAUGAUGGGAGAGUUUGACUCCGAUAACGAUAAGGAUAUUGAGUUUCCGGUGGACGCGUAUGCAUGCGAUAAUUUCCGCAUGUACGAUUUCAAGGUGAGGAAGUGCGCGCGUGGGCGGUCGCAUGACUGGACCGAGUGUCCCUUCGCUCAUCCCGGGGAAAAGGCUCGCCGGAGGGACCCGCGCAAGUACAGAUAUUCAGGAACUGCGUGUCCAGAUUUCCGGAAAGGGAACUGCCGGAAGGGUGACUUGUGUGAGUUCGCGCACGGCGUGUUUGAGUGCUGGCUCCACCCGGCACGCUACCGGACACAGCCGUGUAAGGACGGGCUUAAAUGCAAGAGAAGGGUGUGUUUCUUCGCCCACUCGCCGGAGCAGCUCCGGGUCCUCAGUCCUCGGGCCGACGCCUCCUGCGCUAAAACUCUACAUUUCGUUUUGUCGUCUCCAGAGUCUGGCUCGCCGCCUUCCGAGUCGCCACCGAUGUCCCCGAUGAACUCACUGGGCACCAACUCGAUGGUGGCUUCUCUGCGUCAGCUGCAGCUCAACAAGGUUAAAUCCAUGCCGUCGUCUUCUUGGAGCCUGCAUAUGCUCGGGUCCCCACGGCUGCCCCUCACCCGAUCUGCCGGCUUCUGCAGCUUACCCACAACGCCGACCCGAUCUCUGAGCAGACCCGGAGUGUGCAACUUUGAUCUGUGGGAGAAAGGGUUGUGUGAGGAAAAAGAAGAAGAAGUUCCCAUGGAGAGGGUCGAGUCAGGAAGAGAUUUAAGGGCGAAAAUGCUUGAGAAGUUGAGCAAGGAGAAUCCAUUGGAUGCAGUAGAAGCGGGUUCAAACCCGACCCAUAACCCAUCAUAUGCCCCAAGCCCGGAUCUCGGAUGGGUUUCGGACCUGGUCCAGUAAAUCAUCAACUUUGACGAUCAUUACUUGUGAUUCUGGCUGGGGAGUAAGUGAUUUUUGCUUUUGUUUUUCUACCCUUACUAUAUGUAAAUAUUAUUAUAAAUUUGGGGAAAAUGGUUUGAAUCCAGGAAAACCAGCUAAAAAAAAGGAGAAAUUUUGUAAAUAUAAUGAAGUAGUAGGAUAAGAUAAUGAAAUGGAGAAUCGAGGAUGAAAGCUUAAAUUCACUUCUUCUGUGGAUUUUCCCUUAAAAUAAUAAUAAUAAUAAUAAUAAUUAGGAAGUGUUUGGUGGAGUGUAUAGGAGAUCCGAGUUCUGCCCAAGCAAACAGGUAGCAGAAGACUGCGAUUUCAUGUUCCUUUUUUUGGCAAUUUCAAGGUUGUCUCCAAUAUUAUUAUUAUUAUUAUUAUUAUUAUUAUUAUACUACUACUACUACGGAGGCGUAGUACUGAAGACUAUUCUAGAUAUGUGAUCUUUUUUGUCGAUGUAAAUAUAUAUGCCACUGGAGUUAUAUAUGAAUGAUGGUUAUUUAUUUUCCAGUUA